CAUGCACUGUCGGGGCUGGGUGGGAGGGGCCCAGCUGGGUGCCCAGCUGCCCCCGAGCCCGCACAGCCCGCUCUGCCUCCCUGACGGCCAUGGCCCUCCCACUGCUGGCCCUGCUCCUGGCCAACGUGGCCGCGCUCCUCCUGGCAGCGCCCCACUCGGGGCCCACCCAGCCCGAUGCCCUCCUGGUGUUCCCGGGGCAGACCGCCACGCUGCUGUGCGCCCUGAAGCCGGACUUUGCCAUCGGCAAGCAGGGCAUCUCGUGGUUCCAGCAGCACCCGGGCAGCGCCCCGCGCUUCCUGCUCUACUAUUACUCGGAGGAGGACCAGGACCGCAAGCCCGGGCUGCCCCGGCGCUUCUCGGCCUCCAAGGACCCGGCCCAGAACGCCUGCGUCCUGACCAUCUCCCCCGUGCAGCCCGAGGACGACGCCGACUAUUACUGCUCCGUGGGUUAUUGAGGCCAUCUCCCGGGCCCGCCCCGGCCCCCACUCCCUCCUCCAAGGGCCCCUGAUGGAGGAGACCCCCCCUGCUCUGUUCCUUGGACCCCUGAGAGUAGAAGCUGCCCAGACAUCCCGGCCCCAGAGCCACCACUGGGCACCAAAUGCUGGAAAAGCCGGCCGGCCGAUACCCCUGUGCCAACAUGCUGCUGCCCUGUGUGCCAACCUGCCGGUGCCCCUGUGCCAACCUGCUUAUGCCCCUUGUGCCGCUGACCCCGGGGUCUGGCAGGCAGUAGCCCCUGAAUAAAAGUCCCCUCGCCGGGA